AUGGAGCCAUCACCAACUAACCUUUCAUUGUGGGUGCCAUUGGGCAACAGCACUUUCUCAGAUGGAGGUGAGUCAGCUGCAGCCCUGGGAGCUGUGCUGAGCCUGAUGUGUGCCACAGGGGUGGCUGGAAACCUCUAUGCCCUGGCGGUAGUAUGGGCCUCACCCUCAGCCUCCUCGCUUCGUGUCCACCUCGUCAACCUGGCCUUGGCUGACUUGCUGUACUUGUCAACGGCCCCCUUCAUAGUCCACAAUGGGUUGGUGAAGGAUUGGCUUUUCGGUGAGGUGGGCUGCCGGGUCCUCCUUAGCCUGGACCUUCUCACCAUGCACGCCAGCAUCUUCCUGCUCACUCUGAUGAGCUGCGAACGCUACACCGCCGUGGCACAUCCUUUCCAGGCUGCACGCCAUGCGCGGCGGUGCCGCCGGCCGCUGGCCAUUGCCAUUUGGUUCCUGUCCUUUGCCCUGGCCCUCCCCAUGAUGGUGAUGAUCCACCAAGAGGAGCGUGCUGUGGGGGAUGGAGCGGUCAUCCGGCGUCUCUGUUCUCCAACCUGGAGUGAGGAACAGUAUAGGGUCUACCUGAGCAUCCUUUUCAGCACCAGCAUUGUGGCGCCCGGCAUAGUCAUUGGGUCCCUCUACUGGCGCCUGGCAAGGACUUAUUGGGUCUCACAGACACGUGGCGGCUUGGGACGCUCUCCGAAGAACCGAGUGUUCCUCCUCAUCCUCAUCAUUGUCUUGGCUUUUUGGGCUUGCUAUUUGCCAUUCUGGAUCUGGCAGCUUCUGCCCCUUUACUGCCAGUCCGCAGCCCACCUGCCCAUCCGCACAGAGAUCUCCAUCAACCACUUGGUGACUUGCUUGACUUACGGAAACAGCUGCAUUAACCCUUUCCUCUACACCUUGCUGACGCGCAACUACCGUGAGUUCCUGCGUGCUCGCCAAAGGGGAUCAUCGCGUGCCUCCCUGCGAUGCCUCCAGAGCAGAGGAAGGCCACAGGGAGAAGGCGCAGAGGUCGUCUGA